UGUUACGAAUAUUUAUUAGCCGCAUUCAGUCACGAGAGCGGUGCGAAGUGGUGAACACACCCGCUCCCGAACGCACCUAGUCAUUGGCUGUCAAAAAAUGACCGAAGUCACACGGAAGAAAACUUUUUUGGGUUUUGAUUUUAGUACACAGAGGCUCAAAGCACUAGUAAUAGACGAAGAUUAUGGAAUACUUCAAGAAGCAGAUGUGGAAUUUGAUGUUGAUCUUCCAGAAUUCAGGACAGCCGGUGGUGUGCGACGCGGGGAGCGGGGUGAGGUGACAGCGCCUCCACUACUAUGGGUGAAGGCCCUGGACAUGGUGAUGGACAGGCUCGUGGUUGCUGGAGUAGACUUCUCCGCCGUUGAAGCACUGUCUGGCGCAGCACAGCAACAUGGCUCAGUAUGGUGGUCCAAAGACGGUGAAGCCCGUCUUUCGAAGUUGUCUUCCGAAGAGUUCCUGCACACGCAACUGGCCACUGCCUUUGUGGCUGACUCUCCGGUGUGGAUGGAUUCCAGCACUACUGUAGACUGCAGAGCAUUGGAAGAGGCUGUUGGAGGCUCAGAGGCCCUCGCCAAAAUCACCGGUUCCACAGCCUACGAGCGUUUCACAGGGCCUCAGAUCCGCAAAAUGUCCCGAACCAAGCCAAGAGUAUACCAGGCGGCUUCGAGAAUAUCUCUAGUGUCUUCGUUUGCUUGUAGUCUGUUCCUGGGACGGAUAGCUGAUAUUGACUUGUCUGAUGGUUCGGGGAUGAAUCUACUUGAUGUGCAUAGCAAGAGUUGGAAUGAGGAUUGCCUGAAGGCUUGCGGUGACGAAACACUAACAGAAAAACUGGGUACUCCAAUACCAACUGCGAGCGUACUAGGACCCAUCGCGCCAUACUUCGUGGAGCGGUACGGGUUCAAACCCGACUGCCAAGUGGUCGCAUUCACGGGCGACAACAACUCUGCUCUAGCGGGGUUACGCCUCCGGCCCGGCUGGGUGGGGCUCAGCCUCGGCACCUCCGACACCCUGCUGCUCGGCCUCGAGCAAGCGCAGGCGCCUCCCGCGGGGCACGUGCUCGUGGGCCCCGCCGAGGCCCCUUACAUGGCCUUACUGUGUUUCGCCAACGGCUCUCUCACUAGACAGAACCAUAGGGAUAGGCUGGCUGGACCGAGUUGGGAUGCGUUCAAUGAUCUAUUGAGAGCGACUGUCAGAGGAAACAUGGGUUAUAUGGGUAUCUACUACGACACGGCAGAGAUCGUUCCUCGCUGCGCCCCUGGCCGUUGGCUGGUGGAAAGUUCUGGUCGCGCGGUAUCUGCCCCAGCACCGCAAUUCGAAGCUCGUGCUCUUCUAGAAGGACAGGCGUUGGCGCGACGAGCUCAUGCUGAGGAUAUGGGCUUCCAUUUAGUCUAUGUUCAGGAGCAACACGCGAAUGCCGCUCUCCUUGGCGCCGCCAUUCGUGCCGCCGAAGUGUGGAGCGCUAAGACGGGAGUCUCUCUUACUGGUUCGGAGCCCACCGUAGCCCCGGUCGCCACUCCAUAUCCAGACGCGGAGAAGAUAUACACGCCCAUGCUCGACCGCUACCGCAAGAUGCUCGAAGACAUUCCUAAACUACAGUAACCGCUUACAACAGAGGUCUCCAAACUUUCUUCCAAAGGCCACUAGGACGCUUUAUUUUGUCAGAAUGUAGUCUAAGUGUCUAUAUAACUUUGCACCAAUUGAAUUAAAACAAAGUGUAAGGGCCCAUUGCAUCAACCACUGUUGUGAACAGACACAUCAACAACACUCAAUGUACGCAGCAUAACGCAACGUCAGCAGACGUCUACGGAAAUUCCCAAAAAAUGUUGCGAACGCCAGUGUAUACUGUAUAGUCGUCCUAUUUUCAAACAGCAACAUCAAAGUUAGACGCCUAAAUAGGGUCGUGGUUUGCUUUGGAGACCACUGGCUUAUAUUUAACACAGCAAAUCGAAGCUAAUCAGGCUAUACAUUAAUAAAGAGCGUUAUUAAAAAAUGUAACAGUAGUAAUACACCCAAAUGUAGCCAAAUUAUUGAUAUGUAAACAAAAAUGUUAUUUCCAAUAUUUUGGACAGAAUUUACCUUACUAACCUUAGCAAUCGUUUGAAUAACAUAUCAAAGCUAAAUUAUCACUAGUGUUAACUUUGCAGAAUUUACAGAUUUCGUUGAAUCAAGCCUGGCUGAAAACGCUGCCAAAAUUUUUAAUAAAAAAAUAUGGGCCUAUAGUUCUGUCCCGUAUGAAAUAUAUUCCAUAAUAGGUGCACAUUCCUAGCACUCGUAUACAAGUGUCUAAACAAUAUUAUUAACUAUAAAAACAUCAUUCCUUUA